AAAGGCUAUGUUGUUGUUGUUGUAGUGUAUAUCUCUACUUUGGUACUCAACUCAUUUAUAAUGGAUAUCAAGUUGGAUGGUGCAGAAGGUUCCAUGGUUUUGAUUAAGCAAGGAGCUGAAGCUAGAGUGUUCGAGUCAACUUUUGUCGGUCGGAGGUGUGUCGUCAAGGAGCGUUUUUCGAAAAAGUACAGGCACCCAUCACUGGACUCGAAACUCACUCUCAAGCGUCUGAAUGCGGAAGCUAGGUGCAUGACAAAAGCUAGAAAGCUCGGGGUCUCGACUCCAGUGCUCUAUGCUAUCGACCCUUUGGUGCAUGCAUUGACGUUCGAGUUCGUCGAGGGUCCCGCCGUGAAAGAUGUUUUGCUCGAUUUCGGGUCAAAGGGCAUUGUGGAGGAGAGGUUAAAUGAUAUUGCUACUCAGAUUGGUGAUGCUAUUGCAAAAAUGCAUGAUGGUGGCCUAAUCCAUGGUGAUUUGACUACCUCAAAUAUGUUAAUUCGCAAUGGUACCAAUCAGCUGGUACUGAUUGAUUUUGGUCUGAGCUUCACGUCGACCCUUCCGGAAGAUAAAGCUGUCGAUCUAUAUGUUCUCGAACGAGCAUUGCUAUCUAUGCACUCUUCAUGUGGGAAUGUGAUGGAGAGAAUUCUUAAAGCUUAUAGAAAAUCAUCAAAACAAUGGUCCUCAACUUUGAAUAAGCUAGCACAAGUUCGACAACGAGGAAGGAAGCGCACAAUGAUUGGUUAGUUUAUCUUUUAUCUUAUGAUUAAAGAUAAAACUAUCUAUCCUGCACCAAGGAAUCUGGGGAAAUCAUAUAUGCUAAAAAAUUUGUAACAUUAUCAAUACUUUCCAUUCGUGCAGUGUUAUUAUGGGGGGACUAAAAGGCAAAGCUCAUCCACAAUGUACUUUAUUGUGAACUUAUUAAUUGUUUUCAAUAUAUGCUUUUUGGACAUUAUUUCUGUAAUUGAUCCUGGAUUUGGUGAUUUCCCUAUGUUAUUACCAGUCUUGU